ACUGCUGUCAGUCUCAGGUAAGAAAUGAUACCCAAACUGACUGAAAAGCCGAGUAAAAGUGAAAUAAAGUUGGAUAGCUACAGUACAUCGAAGAGAGAGGAGCAGCGCUGUAUGCAAAAAGCGCAGUGCGCUUUGUUUCUUACGGAAAUGUCGUUUUCUUAAGCGACGAACUUUGCUUCUUGAAAGGGGACAGGGAGAAGUCGAGUGAAUCCAGCCUCUUGUACGCUAUAUGCCUUCUAACACCACGAAUAAUUUUGUAAAAUGGCCGUUCGCAGCAACACCCUGACUCCCUUUUCCAUCCAGGCAAUUUUGAAUAAAAAAGAUGACAACCGGCAUCCUAGAGACAUGGGACUACAAUGCUUUCCUAAAUCAACGUGUUGGAAAAUGUUUGGGGAAGGGGAUGGCGUACCUGAUGAUUUUACAAACACGUGUAAAAUGGAAAGGGAAGCCGACGACCAGAGAAGUUACGACUCUGAUUCGAGCCUUGGCGAAGACAGGGAUCCCAAGGAACUUGCCGGGUGUAAAUCCGAGGCAGAAAGCAGGGACCUGUGCACGUCGGAGCUGCUAGAGAAUAGUCUGCAAGGAGACACCGAUCUGGACUCGGCGGCAGCGGAAAGUGGACAGACCUUGAGCGACAGCGACCUAUCGGCAACAGUCUCGGAUCCUAACCAGGCUGAGGACGGAACCUGCGACAAAAACACUGACCAGCCAAAGCAGAGAAAGAAGAGAUCGAGGGCCGCCUUCUCUCAUGCUCAAGUUUUUGAAUUGGAACGUCGGUUUAACCAUCAGAGGUAUCUGUCUGGACCCGAAAGGGCUGAUUUGGCAGCCUCCUUAAAACUGACGGAAACACAGGUCAAAAUAUGGUUCCAGAACCGUCGGUAUAAAACCAAACGUCGGCAGAUGGCAGCCGACUUGCUGGCUUCUGCUCCUACAGCGAAGAAAGUGGCGGUGAAGGUUUUGGUAAGGGAUGACCAGAGACAGUACGGCCCUGGAGAAAUUCUGAGACCUCCACUGCUACCCCUCCAACCCCAAUACUACUAUCCUUAUGCUUACUGCCUCCCUGCCUGGACAUUGUCGGCAUGCGCUGGCAACCAAUGAAGGCACAAACUGAAGUUGAGCACUAUUUAUUUGUUCAGAUUGAAAUUCGUUACUUUACCACGUUUUCUUAAAAAAAAAAAAAACGAAGAAGAAGGAGGAAAGAAAUAAAAAAACUGCCCAGCGCAGACUGUUCCAUGGCAUCCAUGUGUUGACAGUUUAUUGUUUUAUGGACUUUUAGUGGAAAUACUUCAGAAUAUCUCAUGCAUCAUUAUCGUAUAAAGGGAAUACAGGAGUUGGACUACAUCACGUUUUAAGCAUAUGCAUCGUAUUUCAAACUGCGAACACUGCCUAAAUCUGUAGGCUUAAUGUUACAUAGUUCGUUUGUCGACUUUAUCUCAAGUUCGUGCCUGUUAAAUGUACCAGUAACAUAAAGGAGAACGAGGUCAGAGACUGUAGGAAAUGAUUCCUAUACUGAGAGAUGUUCCUGCUUUAUUUAAUGUGAUAUAGGGUAAGACCUUUCAGCACUUUUCCCCAUAAGGACGGAUUCUUCACUAUAAUUAAGUUAAAUUAUCCUUUAGAAAACAAAAACAUUUGCUGUCAUACUUUUGGAAGAGCAAAUAAGUAGGAUACAGUUUCCAAAUAUGUGCAGCUUGCCCUGGUGUAUAUAAAAAGAUAAUUGAGAUUAAUCAGCAUGUACAUAAAUAAUCCAACAAAUGUUCUAAAAUGUACAUUCUAGCACAUUUGUAUCACAGUUUUAACUUUUAAAAAUAAACUUUUUUUUAUCAUCUCUUCUUUUAAUGCGCAAAACAGUUUUAUAUAUGUAUAUGUAUGUAUGCAUAUAUGUGUGUAGUGUAUAAAAUAUUUAAUAUUUAAGUAUUCUUUUUGUCUGAAGCUGCUCAUGGUAAAUGUAUGAACAUGUCACGUUUUAAUUAAAGUUCUAAUCUGUUUUACUUGUUAUUGAUCGUAGUAUAAACGCAUGUAUUAUUUUUCCCCAAUAUCCAUAAAAUUUGAAUCAAAACGCUUACUUUCCCGGCAUCAAAACUACUUUUUCUUUGCUUUUUCGCUUGUACUUCUAUCGUGAAUUAAAGAUAUUUUACUGAUCAUUUUUAAAUUAAAUACAGUCAGAGUUGAACGCAACAGAAUAAUAUCUGAAACUUCUCAGUUUUGCGUGAUCGCAACCAGUCAUAAUUUGGUGCAGGAUUGUUCUGUCAAUAUUUUAUGUGUUUCAUGUAAAGUCCUUAUAUAGUUGAUUUAUUAGUAAUGAGGACACCGAUAAUACUUUCUCAUUGGUAAAUAUGGUUGACGGAGAAUUCUACACGUUUUACCCGAGUUUGCACAUUUCAAGAAAAAAG